AACAGGGAUUGAGACAGUGUGAGGGUUUGUGGAGUGCCACAGUGCUGUAAUGAAUACUGUAGUGGAAGAAGUUCUUUCACACUCUUCAUCCUGGAGCUGCUUUAUGUCCAUGAUCUGCAUGGAAACACAUCUAUGGAGAGGAAAUCCAGCUGCUGAGGGUCACAUCUGCAUCAUUGUAGCUGCAGUGGAUGUUUCAGUGUCAGGACUGAAGGCGGAGCUUUGUGCGUGUCAGGGUGAGGCCGCAGCAGCCGCCUCCAACCGGAGCGCUCGGGCGUGAAACUAGGAGGAAAGCCGACGUCCUCCUCUUUCCUCAGAAGUGAUCUGUGGCCGGCCGGACUUCAUUCCACAGAUGUGCUUUAACAAAGUGUGAAGCUGAACUCUGAGCUGUGACAGUGUGAGCAGUGUGAGAGUGUCAGUAGAUGAUCAGCAGAGGAAAGUGAGAGCUGCUGUGAGCUGAUGUCCUGAAGGGCUUUUAAAGAGUCUCUGAGUUUGACAGGAACACGAAGAUGUUUGUGGUGUUUGUGAUCCUCCUGCACGUUUCCCAGCAUGCCUCAGCUGUGGAGUCGUAUGAGGGGGAGGCAUUCAUCCUGCUGCCCUGUCAGUUUGACACUUUUGAUUUUCGAAAGCCCUCAGUGGUGUGGAGUCGCUCCGACCUCAGUCCUCCAAUCAUCCACCAGCGUCAGCUUCAAGGAGACGAACUGAAAGAUCAAAACCAGCGUUACAGCGGCCGAACAUCCAUGAAGACUGACGCUCUGGAUUCUGGAGACCUCAGCCUGAACCUGACCAACCUCCAACUGUCUGACAGCGCCACCUACACCUGCUCCGUCAGAGAAUAUGAACGUGAACUGAGUAGGAGUGACGUACAGCUGCAGGUCAAAGAACGGUUUCCAUCCUGGGCCAAAGCUCUCCUGGUUCUCCUGGUUCUUCUUGUGAUUUCUGGGGGUCUUUUAUUUCAUUUCCGACAGUAUUUCAUGCCAGUUUACAAGGUGGAGGCAGAUUCAGAGGUGGAGUCUGUCCUGCUGCCCUGCAAAACCACAGUUUGCCUGCCUAAAGAUGCUAAAGUGGAGUGGAAGAUUGGUUCAUACACCAAGGUCCACGUGUAUCAGAACGGCUCUGACCAGCCUGAACAACAGCACCAAGAUUAUAAAGGCCUAACGAGCAUGAAGAGAAACUUACCUGGAGACCUCAGUCUGACCCUGAAAUAUCCCACAGAUGGAGACAACUCCACCUACACCUGCACCGUCUACAGCAGGGAAGGUUUCAUCCUGCUGAAAAAAGAAGUGCUACUCACUGUCAGAGUCCCCCACGUGGAGGUGGAUUCAGGGGUGGAGUCUGUCCAGCUGCCCUUCAACACCACACUUCACCUGCCUGAAGACGCUAAAGUGGAGUGGAUGGGCACAUCCGCAAAAGCUCACGUGCAGCUGCUGCUCCUUACUGGCCCACAGUCUCCACUGAUGGAUGUGUCAGCUCACUUGUACUGUAGCCACGGGGAGAGCGAUGGAGAGAUGAAGCUGACAACCAGAGGUGUAGUGCUAUUUGUUGAAGUAGCCCAGCGCACCGUGUGCCAUGUAAGCACAAGUUUCCAGAGAUGA